AUGGCAUCACAUAAACGGGCUGAUUUCUGGGACGUACCUUCGAGCGAAGAGGAUGAAAAUGAUGCGGGGUACGACUCUGAAGAGGUUGAGAAGUCAAAAGGCAGAAGCAACAAACCCAGAGCCACUGGCGCGUCGUCGGCAUUGCGUCGGCCAGCCAAAAGACGAAAACUUUUCACUCGACAAAGUGGGACAUUGAGUGAUUAUCAGGCUGAAAGCUCAGAUGAUGAUGGGGAUAAAUAUGGAGAACCAGACGUCCAAAUACAACCUACGCAGCCUGAAGAGCCAACGGAAUCAACCAACGAACUAACCCCUCUCACACCUAACUCGGCUACACCAGCUAUCUCUACAAAAGAUGCACCCUCGAUACGUACCCGCAAGGCUAAAUCCAAAAAGAACAAAACCGGUGUGGUCUACCUCUCUUCCCUUCCGCCCUAUCUGAAACCAUCCGCCCUCAAAUCGCUUUUGAUGGCACGAGGAUUUAGUCCUAUCACAAAAGUCUUUCUUACUCCUUCCGUGCGCUCUUCUUCCGGUGGCCACGGAAAGCGCAGUAAUAAGCGCCGCAUGUAUUCCGAUGGCUGGAUAGAAUUUGCGUCAAAGCGGACUGCAAAGAUUUGCGCCGAGGCCCUCAAUGCAACCAUCGUCGGUGGGAAGAAGGGCGGGUGGUAUCACGACGAUGUAUGGAACUUGAAAUAUCUUCGGGGGUUCAAAUGGGCGGAUCUGAUGGAGCAGGUACAGCGGGAGAAACGCGAGGCGGAGGCCCGGCGAAUGAUGGAAGAUUCGAAGGCAAGAAAAGAGGAGAAGGUGUUUCUGGCCGGAGUUGAAAGGGGGAAAAUGGUGGAGGGGAUUAGGAAGAAAAGAGAGGAAAAGGCGAAGAAAAAGGGCGAUGCAGUCACCCCAGCCGUGGACAAGCCGAGGAGGUUAUUUCGACAGAACGAAGUUCGAGAGAGAGAGAUGGAUAGUAGUGGGAAAGAAAGAAGAGUGGAUGCUGAUGUGCAGAGAGUCCUGUCGAAGAUAUUUUGA